GAAACCUCAUAUUGCUUGUCCUUUAGCUGAUUUUUAUAUUAAAAAAACUUAUUGCAAUUAGAGGUUUAACGUUUAAGGAGGCUGGCGGUGGUGAGACCCACUAAUAUUAAUUAUUAAUUAUUAAUAAUUAAUAAUAGACUCCAAGAUGGAAGACCCAGCUUAAGUCAACGAACACCAAUUUCAAAUGUCUGCGUCUCUGCAAAGCAGACGGCUGUCAACCAAUCUUCUACUAAUCCUUUUCCGGCGAGAUUAGCUUAACUCUUAUGGCCCAGGAGAUUGAAAAUUAUCUGCUGGAUAAACUCAGCAAAGGCAUUGAAUCUUCAAAAGCUCCUUUAGGUAAAGAAUUUAAAGAUCUCAAGGAGUUGCUUAGAGAAAAGCUUUCGUCUUGCUCAUCUUCCGAUAUCCCAGCAAUUAGGGAAAAACUCUACACCCUCAACGACCUUUUCAGUGAAAGCCAUGCGCUUUCGGGCAAGCACACUUUAUUUUCGACUUCUUUCAAUAGAAUUAAGCAGAAUUUGUCAAAAAUCAAGACCGAGAUCGAAAAUAUCAAACCGUCAAUCAACGGUCAAAAUGGAAACGCUACCCCGACCGACAAUAACGAUCUCCAAUCUGGCUCAUCAUCUUCAGCUAGCCAACUCCCAACUAAGGUUUAUGGAUUUGAUGAGGAAAUAAUGUAUUUACUGAAAUCGCUGGUUAAUCCAGUGGGUAUUAAUUUUUUCAAGACAGUUGGAAUUUUAGGAUUGGGAGGUGCAGGAAAGACCACAGUUUGCCAACUGCUUUUGACGAGGCCAGAAGUGAAGAAUCACUUUGUCCCUAGGAUUUGGGUGCACAUGUCAAAAAAGGCAAAAGAAGAUAAUAACAAUGAUCCAAAGAAAUCAGUUGUUUUAAGAAUGUUGGAUUCACUUGGAGUCGAAGAGGAGAUGGUGAAAUCAAUUUCAGAUGAACAUGGCUUAGCUGGGCUAAUCUGUGCACUACAUGUGGAGUUGAUGCGCAAGAGGUACCUGAUAGUGUUGGAUGAUGUGCAGGACAGCGACGACUGGUACAGCAACUUGAAUGCUUCAUUGCCUCGCAAUGUUCAAUGGGGAGAACGCCUUGCUUAUGGACUGCCAAAGGGUUAUGGAGGAACUAUAAUAGUUACCAGCAGAAGUGAGGAAGUUAUGAAAAUUAUGGUUGGAGAGGAGAAUAUACAUCGGCUUCUACCUCUUGCGGACAAAGAUCUUUGCUGGGAUAUAUUCAGAGAUGAAAUUGAGCAGGAAGUGAAACCGUUUCGCCCACCACAUGAGGAAGAACUGAAAAGGGAAGUAGUGAACAAGUGUGGUGGCAUUCCUUUAGCUGCAAAAAUGAUGGGGCAGAUUAUGAGAGAACAGAUUAGAGAAGGAUCUGUGCCUACUCAGAGUAUUCAAACACAACAAUCAAGUGAUAGCAUUUUAAUUGGUCAAUGAUCUUUUUUUUUUCCCCUUAAAUCUUUGGCUUUGCACUGUCAUUUCCAUCACUUGAUAUCAAUAAAAAGGCUUUUUCCCCUGAUUUAGGAGCAGUUCAA